AUGUCGCUGUCGCUACAAGAAACAGGCGCGACGUCGGCCAUCGACCACCUCGACCACCUCGACCAAGAGGCCGCUGCACUCGCCGCCGACAUCCUACCCAUCUUCACCUCAUUAGCGCCUGUCGAAGCCAUCUGGUCCUCUGAACGCCUCGAUUUCACAGAGCAGCGUAGAUCCAUCGUCUUUGGUGAAUCUCUCUUCUUUGACGAACUGCUAGCAUUUGCCUCUAUCGACACUGCGCUCUAUCCUCCUCGCUCAACGCAGCAACUCUCAACACUACUCACGGCCAUCUUUGCUGCCAAUUCGCUUGACUACCUCAAGCAGCUUUCGCUCGUGUACUACCUCUUGCUCGAUCUGGAUGCAUACUUGGAACAGAUCAGCCUCGAUCAGCAAGCAGCUCCGUCUUUGACCAACGCAACUUUGGCUGCAGAGCGCUUUGCCGAUACCUAUGUUGUGCUGCCUCAGUUCACCGAUGCUAUGCAGGGAUACUGGCUCCUUGACAACGACAAGUACGAACAGGCCAUUCCGCUGCUUGCGGUCGCCGACUUUGUGCCCAAGAUCAUGCGCACUCUUUUCCUCCCUUCGGCUUCCGAGCAUCGAUCCGACGCGACCCGCGCCAAGCUUCUGCUUCGCUUCCUGCGCACUUCGAACCAGACAACCUCUUCGCCACCUGGCUCGGAAGGCUUCCUCAAAGAGAUCGAGAUGCAGAUUCAAGCUCUCUGCUUCGUGUCCGGUCCCGCUCGUGCGUUCUCGGAGAUUCGUGCGCUCACUUGCAUCAUUCAAGACGAUGAACAGCAACGCGUCUCGGUCCGAGCCACGCUCAUUUUCAAGGUCCUUGAGCACUGCUUUGCUCCUCCGCGUCCAGCUGCCAUCCAGAAUCUUCUAGCUUGCAGCCUCGACCCCGAGGAGGAGGUGACACUAGAGAGCUUUGUACUCUCUCCUCCAGCUGCCAUGACCGCAACAUGGAGCUACGUUGCCGCCGACGUUCUCAUCGUUCGAUACAUCAGCCAGGGAAGGUACAUGGAUGCCGUCGGCCUCGACCGCAGACUCGGUCCCGACGUCAGUCAGGGCCACUCGACCGCCAAAGAUGCACAGCAGCGAACCAAGAUGAUGGAGCAAAGAAAGCGGAUGAUUGCUGGAGCCAGAGAGAUCCUACCGGAAGUACAGAAGGAGCUUCUACGUAUCGAGGAGUCGGUCGAGAUCAGUGGUGGAGCAGAGGUGGAGGCCAAACAGGAGACCGCCAUCAACGGAGCGGCCAAUGGUGUCACUGGCGAGACAACCGCCAUCAACGACUCUGCCGACCGCUCCUAUCUGGUACCCGUACCACUCAGUGCAUCACCUGCGGCGCGGCGCUCCAACACACAUACUCGCUCGACGCAGGCAGCCAUCUUGUCGGCCGUUGUGCGUGCAUCCGCCUCGCCAUCGGCACCCAACACGCCCACCAUGGCGUCCGUAUUGAGCGGAACUCUUUCAAACACCACUUCUCCCAACGCCACGCCUGGCCGACGCGGCUCGCCCGCACAACACCCUGCUGCCAUGCUCGGAUUUCUUGCCAAGAACGCGCUCAGCGGCCAGACUCGCGCUUCUGCCGGCUCCGAUCUCGCCGACGAGCCCAUGGACGAAGCUUCGCAAGAUGUUGAUGAGUCUGCCGUUCUCGUGUCCAAGCCCGUCGACGCUGUCAAGAAUCAUCCCACACUCACAUCCAGCAGCCCCUUUUCGGGUCUGCCGAAGCUCAGCCGCGCUGCAGUGGCAGGUCAACGCGCUUCGGUGGCGUCUGGCUCUCGUUCCCCCUACCAGUCUAGUCCGCGCGCCUUCCGUCCCGCCAGCACGUCUCCGUUUGCCGCUGGCGCUUCUAGCUCGAUCGGCAGCUCUCCGUCGCUCAACGGCAGUGCUUUGGGGCCAAGCAAGCUUCGUGGUGCUAUCGGACUCGUUUCGCAGCAUGGCAAGAAAAGCCGUCUCGCACGAGAAGAGCCGAGCACUGUUUCGGACGAAAGCGAUCUAGAAGAGGCGGAUCGCGAGACACAGGACGAUGCGGGCGAUGACACGUUUGUUCAGGCUGGAAAGCAUGCUAAGGCAAGCAGGGCAUCUGGUGGGGAUGUGAGCAUUGGACGUCUCGUGCCCGGUCGACGCGGAUGGAACGAGGCGCAAGAGGAUGCUGCUUUGGCAGACGAGAGCGAGAUGCACGCUUUCACCUCGGCCGAACCGCCUACGAAGCGACGUACACGCAAGACAGUCACCGCUGCCACACCGACCGGCAAAUUGACGCGUUCGCGUACAGGCGUACACCUCAACAGCCAAGAUGACACUUCUCGAGCAAGGUUGACCAAGAGCCGUUCCGAAGUAUCACUCGCUCGUGAAGGUGGAAAACGGAUGACACGCUCGACUAGCUCGGCCAACCGUAAACCGCUGACGCUGUCCAAUCUGGAACAGCAUUCACGCGCAGAUGUCGGCACGCUGGACGAUUCAGCUCCGAUCGCAAGACGCACACGUGCAGCAACGGCAGAGUUGGAGAGUAUCAGUGGAAGCCAGGCGAACGAAGGCGGUAGUACGAUCUACACAAUAAGCGAAGUGGGUGAUGGGAACGAUGUGAUGGGCGCCAAGGGUUCGACAAAGAGGCGGACGAGGAAAACAGCUGCACCGCAAAAGGAAGGCGUAAGGCGCUCGAGCAGAUUGGGUGGUGACGCGGAAGACGCUGCAUCUCCAGCGAAAAGGAGAGCAGCGCGUGGCUCUAAAAAAGGAUCCAAGAUGCCCGGCGGUCUCGAGUGA